UCCUUCUGUUGCUGUGCUGCAUUGGGAGCCGCGUUGCCAUUGAACGGCGGGACCGAGGCGAAGAGGAGCCCCGACCGAGCGCCGACAAGAGGCUUGGGCUUGCUGUUGUCUUGAGGCGAAACAAAACAAGGAGGGGUGGAAGGAUUCUGUUUAAGCGGGGCGUGAGAAAAGAACCAGCGCGGGAGAGAGAGAGUGUGUGUCAGACUACAGAAGGGGCUGAGCUCGCUUGCUUCUCUCCUUCCCACCUGCCCGAAUGGCUGGAUGGAUCAAGAGCUGAGCCCGGCUGGCGAACAAACUUGCAAAGGCCGUCGGAUGCCUUUGGGAGACGCCGCCGUGCUUGCUGGAUGCCGGGACACCAUUUCCGCCCGCGCCGCUUUGCACGAGGGGCGGGAGGGCGCCGAAGGCGAUUGUUGGCGCGGCGGUUGCUGCUGCUGCUUCUGCUAAGGCGAUCCUGAUGUCCGCCCCUUCCCGGGACGCAAUGGCGGCGGCGGCAGAUAGGAGCCCCUUGAAUCCUGCCCAGGCUCGCUUAGCCUCUCCCACCAUCUGAUUGGAUACGGCUGGGCUCUGCGUGGGACUGCGGGGCUGCUGCGAGGGCUCGGGGAAACCAUGGGUUACUGCAGCGGCAGGUGCACGCUGAUCUUUAUCUGUGGCAUGCAACUGGUCUGUGUGCUGGAGAGACAGAUAUUUGAUUUCCUUGGUUAUCAGUGGGCACCAAUCCUGGCAAAUUUUGUACACAUUAUUAUAGUCAUACUUGGCCUAUUUGGAACCAUCCAGUAUAGACUUCGCUACAUAACAGGCUAUGCUGUCUGGCUAAUCCUCUGGGUUACAUGGAACAUAUUUGUUAUCUGCUUCUACUUGGAAGCUGGAGACCUGUCAAAGGAAACAGAUCUUAUUCUGACCUUCAAUAUUUCAAUGCACCGGUCUUGGUGGAUGGAAAAUGGCCCAGGCUGCACAGUGACAUCUGUGACUCCAGCCCCAGAUUGGGCCCCAGAAGACCAUCGCUACAUCACUGUGUCAGGGUGCGUUCUUGAAUAUCAAUAUAUAGAAGUGGCUCACAGUGCUCUACAAAUCUUUUUUGCACUGGCAGGAUUCAUCUACGCCUGUUAUGUUGUGAAAUGUAUCACCGAAGAAGAGGACAGCU